GUUCUGUUUAUUUAUUUAUUUAUUUAUUUGAAUAGUACGAAGAAUUUAGUUGUAAUGUAAUUCAAUUUCAUUAAAACACUAGUAAAUUACACAAGUGUAUAUUCUGAUUAAAACAAGUGCACAUAUCUUUUUGGAAUCACCAUCAUAUGACCUUGAAUUGUCCAAUAGGAAAUCAGAUAAUAAUUACAACCAAUAGAAUUAACGUAACCGAAAAAUAACCAAUAGGUGAGGUUCAUUUGAAAUAUUUGCAACUUCAUUAACACUAAUUACUCUUAUCUACCAUUUGAAGUGUUGGAAACCGCAAAAAAAUAUUCAAACUUGAAAUAUAUUCUACAACACUAUUAUAAUUGUGAAUAAAUAGUAAAUAUAACAAUGAAUAAACCUAAGAGAAUAGUAUGUAUUCCUGUUGAUGGUAGUGAUCAUUCAAUGAGAGCAUUGGAAUGGUAUAUUAAAGAGGUACAUCGACCCGGUGAUGAAGUCAUUUUUGUACAUGUGAUAGAAAUGCCAAAUUUACCAUUAGUUAAACUUUCCUCCGGUUUAAGAGUACCUGUUGACAAUUGGACUAAAUCACUGCAAGAAAAUAUUGAUCGUUCAACAGAACUUAACAAUAAAUAUGGAUAUAUAUGUGAAAAGAAUAAGAUAACAUACGAUUUCGUAGUUAUGAAUGGAUCAGCUCCUGGACCUGGAAUUAUUCAUGCUGCUGAAACAUAUAAAGUGGAUUUAAUUAUUAUGGGUUGCCGUGGAUUGGGUAAAGUUCAACGUACACUCAUUGGGAGUGUAAGUGAUCAUGUGGUACACAAUACUCAUGUAACAUGUAUUACUGUACCACCUAAUGAAUAGACACUAGAUAAAUAUAACGAAUGCAUAAAUUUUUACAGACGAGAUGUUCGUUUGUUUUUACCUUAAAAUCAAUUGUCGCUUGUAUUCAUACAUCUUACUUUUUACAGAUCAUUUGUGAAGUUAAUAAAAUUACUUCCAUCA